UCAUAUCCUUUAUAAACCGCAAAUAUCAUCUCUCUGUACUCAAAAACUCACAAAACAUGGUCUCUCUAGAACCCGUUCACAGCACACUAGAAUCCAUUGAUGCACCUUCAAGCCCUCGCAUCUCUUUCCAAGCAGAUUUCUUAGAGGCAAGCAUUUUCAACUCCAUCACUACUCCAGAAUCCGAGGAUGAUGAUGAUGAACAGCAAGGCCCAGAUCAAAAGCAAAAGGAAAGAGCAAUCAAUUCAUCAGAGUUUGAGUUCCUAAUUUCAAGCAAUAAUCUGAGUCACAACAACAACAACAACAUCAUCACACUGUUAACUGCUGAUGAACUGUUCUCUGAAGGCAAGCUUCUUCCUUUCUGGCAGAUGCAGCACUCAGAUCAGAAGCUCAAGAAGAUCAGUCUCAGAGCCAAAGAAGAAACUGAAGAAGAUGAAGAUGGUGAGAAAGAAAAAGACCCAGUCGAAGAAGAACAAGCGAAGAAAGAGGAAGAAAGUAAAGUGAAUUGGCUUGUGGAUGAAGAUCCAUCUCCUAGACCUCCUAAUUGCACUGUUCUUUGGAAAGAGUUACUGAGGUUGAAGAAGCAACGUUCUUCUUCAUCUUCUGUAUCAGUAUUAUCACCCUCUUCAUCUUCAUCUUCAUCUUCAAGCUCAUCACUUUCUGACACAGCUUCCAGAAAAGAAAGGAUUAAAGAGAAGAAGCAAGUGAAGGGCACGAGGAAGUUGGAGAGAACAAGAUCAACAAAUAUAAGAAUUAGGCCAAUGAUAAACGUUCCCAUUUGCACACAGGUCAAAAGCAGUCCUUUGCCACCUCUGUUUUCACUCAAGAAAGGCAAAUAAUUAAAAAUCAAUCUCAUCAGGAUUAAGGUUGUGAGUGUGUGAUUCUCAGACUUCUCAAAUAAGUUUACUUCUUCUUUAGCCUUUUUUUCCCCUUUCCCUUUGGUAUCCUAAGUCUUUGAUUCAGACUAACUUGAUCCGGAGCUUGAACUCGAGAACUGUUAUCAAACCAGAUCAAAUUAGUUGAUCCAAGCAGGGUGAUAGUUCUUCUUUUUAUUUUUGGUCCAUAUUACUAUGUUUUCAUGUAAGAUUAGUUAGUGUGGAUUUUGAUUGGAUCUGGGGAAUUACAAUGUAGAUUCUGAUUUCUAUAGUGAUAAUGGAUUGUUGAUUAUC